AUGGAGAUACACAGACCUCCCUCCCAUGACAAAAUGGAGAUACACAGACCUCCCUCCCAUGACAAAAUGGAGAUACACAGACCUCCCUCCCAUGACAAAAUGGAGAUACACAGACCUCCCUCCCAUGACAAAAUGGAGAUACACAGACCUCCCUCCCAUGACAAAAUGGAGAUACACAGACCUCCCUCCCAUGACAAAAUGGAGAUACACAGACCUCCCUCCCAUGACAAAAUGGAGAUACACAGACCUCCCUCCCAUGACAAAAUGGAGAUACACAGACCUCCCUCCCAUGACAAAAUGGAGAUACACAGACCUCCCUCCCAUGACAAAAUGGAGAUACACAGACCUCCCUCCCAUGACAAAAUGGAGAUACACAGACCUCCCUCCCAUGACAAAAUGGAGAUACACAGACCUCCCUCCCAUGACAAAAUGGAGAUACACAGACCUCCCUCUCAUGACAAAAUGGAGAUACACAGACCUCCCUCCCAUGACAAAAUGGAGAUACACAGACCUCCCUCCCAUGACAAAAUGGAGAUACACAGACCUCCCUCCCAUGACAAGAGAAAGUGA